UCCAGCAGCAGGUGCUGGUUUGCCAACCUCGGCUCCAGAGGAGGCGAAGGAGGAGAAGGGAAAGAGGGAAGGGGAGGAGGAAGCGGCGCAGCGGCUGCGGCUGCGGGCGGGCGGGCGGCCGAGGAGCGAGGCGGCCGGCGGGAGAGCCGAGUUCGCUGUCGCCCGCGGAGCAGCGGCGCGGGCGGCGGGCGAGCCGAAGCCGCGGCGGGCGGGCGGGCAGGCAUGGGGGAGCCUCCCGCUCGCCCCGCGCCCUAGCGGCGGCCGCGGCGGCCCAGGGCGGAGGCGAGAGGCGGCCGCCCGCUGCAGGGCCCCGGGGCCGCCCCGGCUUCCAGGGCAUGUCGUGAUGGCCGCUCAGAGGAGACCGCAAGAAUACGGGGUGCUUUGCAUUCAGGAAUACAGAAAAAAUAGCAAAGUGGAGUCAAGUACACGUAACAGCUUCAUGGGCUUGAAGGAUCAUCUGGGGCACGAUCUCGGCCACCUCUAUGUGGAGAGCACCGACCCACACUCAAGUGCACCCGUGCCGUGGUCGAUGGUAGAGAAGCCGACCAUGGAUCAAGUGCACUCGGGGAAGGAGGAGAAAGACGCGCCGGGAGGGAACGCGAGCUCGGGCGACUCGGACGGAAGCGCACAUUCUGAUAACGAGUCCGAACGACUGCGCGUGUCGGUGGAGCCGUGCUUGGUGACCAAGACUCACAGACAGCUGUGCCGGUCCCCCUGCUUGCAGCCCCGCGCGCUGACACGCAGUGACCUGCUGCGAGACUUGGAGCCCGCGGAGGCGCCGGCGGCGUGCGGGGAGGCGGCGCAGCCCGCUGACGCGGUGCGGGAGUACCAGACCAAGCUGGAGUUCGCGCUGAAGCUGGGCUACUCGGAGGAGCAGGUGCAGCUCGUGCUCCACAAGCUCGGGACCGACGCCUUGAUCAACGACAUCCUGGGAGAGCUGGUCAAGCUGGGGAACAAGAGCGACGCCGAGCCGGCCGCGAGCGCCGUGCCCAGCGCGCCGCGGGACUCGUCGUCCCUGGAGUCCCAGCGCUCCGACUCGCCAAUGCAGGAGCCGCUCGCGGACGACGGCGAGAACCUGAGGCCGGUGGUCAUCGACGGCAGCAACGUGGCCAUGAGCCAUGGAAACAAAGAAGUAUUUUCCUGCCGGGGAAUCAAGUUGGCAGUGGACUGGUUUUUGGAAAGAGGCCACAAAGAUGUUACAGUUUUUGUUCCGGCUUGGAGAAAAGAGCAGUCCCGACCCGAUGCUGUCAUCACAGAUCAGGAAAUCCUGCGGAAGCUAGAGAAGGAGAAAAUCCUGGUGUUCACGCCAUCACGGCGUGUGCAGGGCAGACGCGUGGUGUGCUACGAUGACCGGUUCAUCGUGAAGCUGGCUUUUGAGUCAGACGGGAUCAUCGUGUCCAAUGACAACUACAGGGACCUGGCCAAUGAGAAACCCGAGUGGAAGAAGUUCAUAGAUGAGCGACUAUUGAUGUAUUCCUUCGUCAACGACAAGUUCAUGCCCCCUGAUGACCCUCUUGGCAGACACGGCCCCAGCCUGGAUAAUUUUCUGAGGAAGAAACCUAUCGUUCCUGAACACAAAAAGCAGCCUUGUCCAUACGGGAAGAAGUGCACCUACGGCCACAAGUGCAAAUACUACCAUCCCGAGCGGGGCAGCCAGCCGCAGCGCUCGGUGGCCGACGAGCUUCGGGCCAUGUCUAGAAACACCGCGGCCAAAACGGCCAACGAGGGAGGGCUGGUGAAGAGCAACAGUGUGCCCUGCAGCACGAAAGCCGACGGCACCGCCGACGCCAAGCGCGGUGCUCCCAAGAGGCAGUCGGACCCCAGCAUAAGGACCCAAGUCUACCAAGACCUCGAGGAAAAGCUUCCCACCAAAAACAAAUUGGAAACCAGGUCUGUCCCUUCUUUAGUCAGUAUCCCGGCUACUUCCACCGCAAAACCCCAAAGCGCUCCGUCUCUAAGCAAUGGCCUUCCAUCUGGAGUUCACUUCCCACCUCAGGAUCAAAGACCACAGGGACAAUAUCCUCCGCUGAUGAUGGCAACCAAAAAUCACGGAACGCCAAUGCCUUACGAACAGUAUCCCAAGUGCGACUCGCCCGUGGACAUCGGAUACUAUUCCAUGUUGAACGCGUACUCCAACCUGAGCAUCUCAGGCCCACGAAGUCCCGAAAGGCGUUUCUCCCUGGACACAGAUUACAGGAUCAGCUCCGUCGCCUCUGACUGCAGUAGCGAAGGGAGCAUGAGCUGUGGGAGCAGUGAUUCCUACGUGGGGUACAACGACCGGUCCUACGUCAGCUCGCCCGACCCUCAGCUGGAAGAGAGUCUCAAGUGUCAACACAUGCACCCGCACAGCCGCCUUAACUCCCAGCCCUUCCUGCAGACUUUCCACGACCCCCUAGCUAGAGUGCAAAGUUACAGUCACGAAGAACCAAAGUACCAUCACAAGCCUCCUCUGCCCCACCUGGCCGUGCACCUGCCGCACCCCGCGGCGGGCGCGCGCUCCAGCUGCCCCGGAGACUACCCCUCCCCGCCCGGCUCCGCGCACUCCAAGGCGCCGCACCUGGGCCGCUCGCUGGUGGCCACGCGGCUGGACAGCAUCUCGGACUCGCGGCUGUACGACAGCUCUCCCUCCCGACCGAGGAAGCCUUACUCCCACCAGGACGGGCUGGCGAGCUGGGAGCGGCAGAGCUACGGCCUGGACGCCUAUGGCUACCGGCAGACCUACUCCCUGCCCGACAACCCCACGCAGCCGGGCUACGAGCAGUUCCCCUUCCAGAGCCUCCCCGAGCCGCCGGAGCCCGCGUGGCGCGUCCCCUACUGCGCGGUGCCGCCGGACGCCCCGCGGUACCAGGACAACCGAGAGAAGAUCUACAUCAACCUGUGCAACAUCUUCCCCCCGGACCUCGUGCGGACGGUCAUGAAGCGGAACCCGCACGUGACAGACGCCCAGCAGCUGGCCGCCGCCAUUCUCGUGGAGAAGUCGCAGCUGGGCUACUGAGAGACGAUGCAUCUUCGUGGUGUUUAGUAGUUUUUUGUUCAGCUCAAAUGCUGAGGGAGGUUUGCUACAAUAGCACACGUGAUCUCCUUGGCGCAAGGAGGUUAUAUAGUAUCCAUUUAUGUGAACUACUGUAUCAUGGAAUCUGGACGUAGAGCCCCCCAGAGCGGAAGUGGCACGGGAUCGCUUUACAUCCAAACUUUUUUUUAAAACCUUUCCUUUUUAAAAGCUCUCUCCUCGGCUGGAAGUUGUUCCAGUUUGAUUUAUUAGAUGUCUCUGUGAUCUUUGAUAUUAAUCUUUGGUGCAUCAGGGGUUUAUAUGCAGCACUUUUUAUCCUUGUUUCGUGUUUUAUUACCUUGGUGUUUGUCUAUCAAUUGCAAGCAAUUACAAUACUUUCCGAAUGUCGGACCUUUGACUAGACCCUAGCCAACUAUUUUUGCAAGCCAAGCUUAAUUGGAAUCUUUUACAGCUUUUUAAGUUAUUUUUAUUUGGGGAAGGUGGGCUUCUUUGUGCUAUAAUCAUUAUUUAUAGAAACAAAGAUAUACUACAGCACUGACUUUAUAUUUUAAACAAAAUGUAAGUUACCAGUUUAUAUGGAAAUGGGUAACAGUCUAUAUUAGAAUGAUUUACAGUACGGCACUUUUCAUUGUUUUGUUUUUGUUUGGAUUUUUUUUUUCCCUCCCCGUUAGGUAAUUAGUUAAUUUAAUAUGGUUGACUUAAAGGAAAGCAGAUGCAAUCAAUGGAAAAAGUUGUUUCCUUUUUUUUUUUUUUAAGAAGGCAAAAGCCGUAACUGUGCCAGUUUAGAGCUUUGUGACCCAGCGCUGAUGUGCUUCUAGGCAGUAGAAAAUGGAACUGAAUUCCCAGAUUCUCAUUAACCUGUAUUUUUAAUGUGUUCGUCCUUUUUGUUUCGGGGCACAGCAAGACUGGAUAAAAGAACCCUUUCACAGUACUUGCCUGUUUUUAAUGAAUCUAAUUAUUCUCAAUGCAACUUUUAUAUUUAAUAUACUCUUCGCUUUCCUGCUAUUUAUCAAGGCUGGCCUGAGGUGGGUGUACGUGUUGAGGAUAUGCAAAAUUUAUUGAUACUGCACUAUAGGAAGGGUGGUGGAGGCAUUUUAAGUGGUAACUUAAAAAUGUUUGUAAGAUACUGUAUAUUUUCCAUUUUCCUGAAGGUAGUUUUUGGGGGGCCUGUUAUAUUAUUAAGGCCAGAUUCUUGCCACAAAUAGUGUAGUUUUAGCUACAGACUAAAGUCUGUUCUAGUAUUAGUAAGGGAUAUUUCUGGUUUCAAAGUGGGUUUUGCUAGAUGGGAAUUCCUUUUUGUUCUCAGCAGACAGACCUUUGCAUUGAGGGUAGAGGGUCGUGUACCUCACACGACUUCACUGUCGCCUCCAGGCUCCGAAUUUCACUUUGCAUGACAGACUCCUAGUCUGUGUCUGUGUCUGCCUCGAUGCCCUGGGUAUUCUGACCAUUCUCCAUGCUACAGUUGGAAGUAAAGCCCUGAAAAAGCCAGAAAGUACCUUUUACUGUUGAUACAAAUUGUAUCUUUUUAACUAUAAGAACUAUUUUGAUUUGUAGAUCUAGUGAAAACACAAAUGUGUAACUAUGAUUAGACUUUUGGGCAACAUUUUAUCCCUUAUUUAAGUACAAAUUUUUAAAGUAAAAUUGAGGUCUAGGAUAGGGUAGAAAAAUAUAAGUAACAAUUUAGGUAAAUAAAAGUGUCUGUCUUAGUUUUAUAGACUAUAUUAAAAUAUAUUCAAUACAGUUAUUGGCAUUUUCUUUCUCCUAAAACUUACCUAGUGAGAACUUAAAAAUAAAGGUAAAAUGCUGCCUGAAAAUAAUGUCCAAGCACCUUUGACUAGGAUAACAUUUUCACUACUUGUGUGACACUGUGUGUUGCAUGAAGUAGGAUUUGGGUAUACAGUAAAUGCUUCUAAAAGGCAUUGUGCAUAUUGACAUAUCCAAUAAUCUGAACCGUGUUCAGCAAACUUAAUUCAGGAAAGUGGUGUUCUACACAAUUACUGGUGGUGUGGAGCUGAGUGUGGCCCUCCUCUGGACCCAGAAACAAUGCAGACGUUGCCACACACACCAUCUGAGCGAGGUCUGGGGGCGACCCUGCUCGCUUUGUCAAGCUCUUCUCCCUGAUUCCGUCGGUCACUCUCCGUAGAACAAGUUUAAGUGUAGGAGUAAACGAGUGCCAAAACUAGGGUUACAGAUGUGGAGUACCUUUUCUUUUAGUCCUGUUCUAAGCCUUUUCUUUUUUUUUUUUCCAGUAUGAAAUCCUUUUUAAAUUGUAGGUUUCGCUCCCAUUUUCGUCACGUUAGCAUUUUCACUCUCUGAAGACUCUGCCAAAGUGCACUAAACCUGUUUCAGUGAGAUCGCCCAUGCUGCGGAUCUCACUUUUAGUCUGAGCUCCUCGUGGUGUCCGCUUACUGUCUGUCGCCGCUCCGUGCGUUCCGGACUGGGGGAGGGGAGUGCAGCUCGCCACUACCUGUCCCGAAGUGAAUAGCCCUCAACUGCUCACACCGAAAUCCUUCAGUAUAGUGACCUGUUAGGGAAGAAAGAGCAGUUUUCUUAGGUCAAGCGGACAAGGUGUCCCCCUCCCUUUUUCUUUUCUUUUUUUUUUUAAACACCCGUGUUGCUUUCAGAGCUUAAGAAUGAGAUUUUUGGCAGAGUUUUGAUACAGCAAAUUCUUAAUUCUCUAAAGCAAUAAGUAAAAGGAUCCAUCACUAAAUUAAAUCCAUAGCUGACUCCGAACCUUCGUUGUAGCCAAAACUUUAACCUUAAUCCUAUCUUCUACCAGCCGUGCUAGUAGGUAACUGGAGAGGGAGGGGUUAGCAGAGAAACUGCCCAGAGUGGUCCACUGAUGGGAGAGAAAGAAUUUGGAUUGGAAUAUUCUGCCCCCGAACGCUGGACAGUUGACUGUCCUUUCCCCAGUAAUUAGCCGGUUCACUGUCUCUGUGUCUCCAUACAGAGGGAGCAGCAUGCAGCUGGCCAAAUCCUGGCCCUCAUGGUUUCCUCCCUGUGCGCGAUACGUCCGUUUUUCCGUCCGUUUAUGACCUCUGUAUCCUGAUAGAGUUUGUCUCUGACCUCAACAUUUGAAAGAAACGCAUGCCAGUAUCCAGUGUGUGAGGAUACUGGUAGAAACUUGAACUUUGUGCUUUUAUGAAAUUUCCUUUAUGAGAAUAUGUAAUAUAACUUUAAAAAGAGCAUUUUUAUAUGUAUAUACAUACAUGCCUACAUACUUGUCCUGAAGUAUUACAGACGGGAGAGGGUGUCACGCCGUUGGUGGCUCACCUUCGUUCCCUCCGUUGGACUCUGUCUGACUUGUGGAGGACCAAGCCUGGAGUCUGGAGGACCAACCAUAAGAUUCUAGAACCACUUGAAUGGAAAGCAACUCUUCAGUGGUUUUAUUCCUGGUAUUUUUAAAGAGUUAUUUUGAUAAUUUUAAUAGAAUGUGUAAUUUUAAAACACACAAAAAACUUAAAGUAGUAUUGAUUAUACAGAUAAUUAUUUAACAUGUCUUUUACGGUUGUAUCUAUGUAUAUGGACAGUAAUAUAUUUAUAAAACAAAUAUACUUUACGUUGUAGCUCUUAGUUUGUGAUAGGUUAGAUAGGGCUUGAGAUAUGUAUGUGUGUGUGCUUUGAAAACUCUCAAGCUGUCCCCUCUCCUCCUACUCCCCCCCCCCCCCGCCAUUUAAUGGCACUGGCCCUAAGGUAGAUUUGUUUCUGUUCUCGUUUUUGCUCUCCGACUGACUUACUCAAGGCGAGCUUUCUAGGUCUAACACCCACAAAUAAAAUGGAAGUGUCAAAUCCAGGAACUACACAUGUGCAUUAGUGUCAGAGAAAGUGGAGCUGAUCAAAGUUAGAGAAACACGCGGUGUUUCCAAUGGGCCUGGCCAGCUCCCGAGGGCAGGGACUGACCAACUCUCUCAGUCACGGAUCAGGCAGGAACUAGUCCGGGCCUGGGGAAUCCUCUGGUUUCUCCAACCUGCUCACCGUUGCUCACACGGCACAGAAGCCGCCGCAGACCAGAGUGUCAGUGAGCAGGGUAGCUGUGCAGGCUGGGCUGGUGGGCAGAGUUCGAGCAUCCCUGUCCCAGGGGGAGGAAACCCAGCAUGGCUCAGCCGGAAGUUCUGACCCAUGAUAAUACAAGAAAUGAGAAGUGUUUCAGCUGACAUUCAAACACAAUGUUAUUACUGAUGGCCUUCAAAAGAGGAUUUCGAGAUGGCCCUAUUAAAGCAUCUUAAUUUCCUUGUUUCUUCUGUGAUGUCCAUUACUUACUUAUUAGAGAUACUUCUCAGUGUUAAACCGCACACAAAAAAAGCAUUCUGUCAACAGAUGUUUUAAUAAGUAUUGAAGUUUUUUCAUGAACUUUGUAUUUCUAUUGAUAAAUGGGAAUACCUUACCUACAUUUCAUUUUUUAAGGGCCUCACGGACCAAAAAUUCUGUUGUACUUUGACAAUUAGCAUGUAAUUAGCCACAAAAUAUUUUAAAGACUGUGUUUGUCAGUUACAUCUUUCUGCUGGUUUUUUGACUUCUAAAAAAUGACAGAUGUGCCCUUCUUUAAAAAUGGUUUUAAAGAAGAAAAAUAUAUUGUAAUUUCACAUACUAUAGCUUUAUUCUGUAAGAUUAAAAAUUGUGACUAGUGUAAUUGUAGCUAAAAUGUGCAUUUGCUGUUUGUGACUCUUAAGAAACCAAGCGUAUCCCUGCUUUCUCUGUCCAGACCUUUAGUAUAGAUCUUUUUAGACACCUUAGGACUGUCGUUGGUGAACGAUAUUGUUGACACGAUCAUGUGUGAUUUUAAAUUCAUUGAAACUACAUACUGCUGACCGUCUUCGUUCUCAGUGCUUGAUAAAUUGUGUUGACAUUAUAAACAUUUUCAUAAGAUCAUUAAAUAGUUUUGAACGUUACCAUCCACUUCAGUCAUACUUUCUUAUAAAAUUGGAAUAUAACGCUAGCUUUUUAAGUGUUUACGGUUCAAAAUGGUUAUUUUUUUCUUUAAAUGCCAUCUGUUAACCUUCUCUUUAUUUUGUCACAGUCACACUGUUAUGUAUUAGGAGUAGCUUUUUCCCUAUGGUCCCUAGUCUGAAGAUUUAAAAACAGUUUAAGGGUUUGACCCUUUGGCAGUUAAUUUUUUUUUUUUAAAGUCUGUCCAUCUUUUAAUUCAGUCUGAUAAAAUUUGCAAAACUUCACUUUUAAAACUUACCAAGUUGACCAACUGUCUGUAUAAGGUAUUUCAGUUGAAUAACUGUUGUCCAUUAAAGCUUUCAACGCCUCUCUUACUUAAAGCAUCGUAUGUCUCAAGGGAAGAAAAAAAAAAAUAAGACUGAAAAACAAUGGCUUGUUUUUAUACAGUGUAUGUUUUAGAUCUUCUGUUUUUUGAAAUUAUAUGUUUCCUACCUAACACAAAAUACCCACAAACACGCAGACCUCCUCAGAGACCUAAACCCACCGCUGCUGCUCUCAAACCGGAUGACGGAUCUCAUUGUUUCCUGUUAGACUGUCCCCGCCCCGCCCCCAACCCUAGUCCUAUGCUGAUGGAAUUUCCAAUUUGGUCCCUCCAACUUUUCUUAUAGGAAAAUAAGGUAAAGAAUGUUUAGAACAACCAUCCAACAAACCGAUGCAAUUUUGUUUAUCCUCUGUUUGUUCUCUGUGUCUCUGUCAUGGAAUUUUUACAACUCCAAAAACCAGUAUUUGAGACUUACUGGAAAUCCAUAUCAGAACAGCGAUGUGAAUCUGCCACUGAGAAAAAAAAAAAUUAAAAAUAUCUUUUUUUUAA